CCGUGCGAGCUGGCUGGAUUGAGUUCGGCUCCGUGAACACACGUCGCGGUAUCACAUGUCAACUCCUGGGGAGAAGAGGGGGCGACGAUGGCAUUUGUGAGCGGAGAAAAGUAGCGUUCACGUUAGCUCGCUGGCUAGCUAGCCGUGCUAGCCUAGCAGGCUGCUAACUAAGCCUGUGUCGCCCUUCCAUUCCUGGAGCAGAGGAGGGGCGCUGGGGCUUUUGUAGCAUUGCAGACCUGCCUGUGCAACAAAAAAAAAUUGGGGUUUGCUGCAGGAAUGGAGACCCCCAGAAAUCUGCCACAACAACUCGGGGGGAUCUGCUGAAACCGAACCGACUCGAUUGUUUCCCCGCAAGGAGAAGGACAGGAAAGUUCCGGCUAAACGCUGGGGUUUGAUCAGCAUUAGCCGCCCCGGGGCAGCCGGGGUCUCUGAAUCGCGACCACUUCUUUUCUUAUGCACUCUGCUGGGGUUAGGUCUUGUGAAAUGGGGAAGUCCUGCACGUCUUCUACGCCUCCUAGAAGCUGGAUCUCGGGAGGGAGAUCAUGAACAGGUCGGUGUUACCUCGGAACUAGCCCUCGGCUUGCCCUCUACUCAAAACACUAUUAUUUUUAUCAAGACGUAUUCAAGGUGAGAGAAACUUCUCCUCGCGGGCCCCUCUGCGCUAACUCACAGGCCCGGGGAGGUGCUUGUUGACCCGGACUCUCCCAGCUUCUCCACCACCAUUACUUCAAACCCCACCAAGCCGGAAUAAUGUCGGGCGAGGUGCGUUUGAAGAAGCUGGAGAAGCUGAUCCUGGACGGGCCACCUCAGUCCAAUGGCCAGUGUCUGAGUGUGGAGACCCUGCUGGAUAUCCUGGUGUGUCUCUACGAUGAGUGCAACAACUCUCCACUCAGGAGGGAGAAGAACAUCCUGGAGUUUUUGGACUGGGCCAAACCCUUCACAUCCAAAGUGAAGCAGAUGCGCCUCCACAAAGAAGACUUUGAAAUCCUUAAGGUGAUUGGACGAGGAGCCUUCGGAGAGGUUGCAGUCGUAAAAGUGAGAAACACUGACAAGGUAUUCGCUAUGAAGAUUCUCAACAAGUGGGAGAUGCUGAAGCGAGCUGAGACGGCCUGUUUCCGGGAGGAGCGUGAUGUGUUGGUAAACGGAGACUGCCAGUGGAUCACCACCCUGCACUACGCCUUCCAGGAUGACAAUAAUUUGUAUCUGGUCAUGGACUACUAUGUGGGUGGUGACCUGUUGACUCUGCUCAGUAAGUUUGAGGACAGACUGCCGGAGGAGAUGGCCAAGUUCUACCUGGCGGAGAUGGUGCUCGCCAUUGACUCAGUUCACCAGCUUCACUACGUCCACAGGGACAUUAAGCCAGACAACAUUCUUCUGGAUCUGAAUGGCCACAUCCGCCUGGCAGACUUCGGCUCCUGCCUCAAACUCAUGGAGGACGGGACGGUCCAGUCCUCCGUGGCGGUGGGGACUCCAGACUACAUCUCCCCAGAAAUCCUCCAGGCCAUGGAGGACGGGAAAGGCAAGUACGGUCCUGAGUGUGACUGGUGGUCCCUGGGCGUCUGCAUGUAUGAAAUGUUGUACGGCGAGACCCCUUUCUAUGCAGAGUCCCUGGUGGAAACCUACGGGAAGAUCAUGAACCACAAGGAGCGAUUUCAGUUCCCACAGCAGAUAUCAGAUGUGUCAGAGGACGCAAAGGAUCUGGUUCGCAGGCUCAUUUGCAGUCGAGAGCACAGAUUGGGUCAGAAUGGCAUUGAGGACUUCAAGCAUCACCCCUUCUUCACUGGCAUCGACUGGGAAAACAUCCGCACAUGUGAGGCCCCAUAUAUCCCAGAAGUCAGCAGUCCCACAGAUACCUCUAAUUUUGACGUAGAUGACGACUGUCUAAAGAACUCGGAGACCAUGCCCCCUCCCUCUCACACUGCCUUCUCUGGCCACCACCUGCCCUUUGUGGGCUUCACUUACACAAGUAAAUGUACCCUAUCUGACCGGGGUUGCCUGCGGCAACUGGCACUGGAGCCGGGUAGAGCAGGUCAGGAUCAGUUGGACACGGAUGUCAAGCGCGGCCUGGAAGACAGCCUGGCCACCGAGGCCUAUGAGAGGAGAAUCCGUCGGCUGGAGCAAGAGAAAGUGGAGCUGUGCCGCAAACUGCAAGAGUCGACUCAGACGGUGCAGGCGCUGCAGCAUCCAACAGGAGAAGGCCCCCCCAGCGCCAACAAGGAGGUGGAGAUCAGGAGUCUGAAGAGUGAGAUCGACAUCCUCAAGAAGCAGAUCGCUGACUCGGGACAACUGGAGAAGCAGCUGGAGGAUGUGUCGUCGGCUCGCAGAGACCUAGAGGACUCAUCUAAAUACAUUAAAACCCUGGAGAAACAGAUGAGGAGCGUUACACAGGAGAGAGAUGAUAUGCACAAGGACCUUACGGAUGCAACUGAGAAGAUGAAGGGUCAGACGAAGGACCUGAAGGAAGCUCACAGUCAGAGAAAACUGGCCAUGCAGGAAUUUUCAGAGCUCAAUGAGAGACUAACAGAACUCAGGUCGGCGAAGCAGCGCUUGGUUCGCCAGGUGCGAGAUAAGGAGGAGGAGAUGGAGAGCCACAGUCAAAAGGUGGAGGCUCUCCGCCUUGAGGUGCGAAAGGCCGAGAGGGCCAAGAAGGAGAUGGAGGCGCAGGCGGAGGAGCAGUCAGCAGAGGCUCAGAAAGAGAGGAAGCUGAGAGAGAGGAAUGAGCAGUACAGCCGGCAGCUGGAGGAGGAGCUGGAAGGGCUUAAGUUGAAGCAGACCGGUCCCUCUGCCACUCCGGGUUCAGCUGAUCAGUCCCAGGAGGUGGGACGCCUGCGGGGAGACUUGGAGAAGAAGACAGUUCAGUACGAGGAGGAGUUGACUCGUAGGGAGGCGCAGCACGGCAGCGAGCUGAAGGCCCUGCGUAAGGAGCUAAGGGAUGCUGAGAGCCAGCAUCUCGCUCUGCAGAAAGAAAUCCUGAUGCUCAAAGACAAGCUGGAUAAGACUCGUCGAGAGAGCCAAAGCGAACGGGAAGAGUUUGAGACCGAGAACAAGCAGAAGUAUGAGAGGGAUAAAAUCCUGCUCACUGAGGAAAACAAGAAGAUGUCCAGUGAAUUGGAUAAGCUGACGAGCAUGUUUGAGAAGGUGAGCGGCUCCAACCGACAGCUGGAGGAUGAGAUGAGGGAGCUGGCCGACAAAAAGGAGAGCGUCGCCCACUGGGAGGCUCAAAUCACAGAAAUCAUCCAAUGGGUGAGUGAUGAGAAGGAUGCUCGGGGAUACCUGCAGGCUCUGGCCACUAAGAUGACAGAGGAGCUGGAGGGACUGAGAAACACCAGUCUGGGAGCCAGAGCCCAGGACAUGCCAUGGAAGAUGCGGCGCUUCGCCAAGCUGGACAUGUCGGCCCGUCUGGAGCUGCAGUCGGCCUUGGAUGCUGAGAUCAGAGCCAAGCAGGGAAUCCAGGAUGAACUGAACAAAGUCAAGGCCAACAACAUGUCCUCAGAAUGUAAACAGCAGGAGCUGGAGAGUAAAAACCAGGAGCUCCUGGCUGAGAUCGACCGGCUGAAAAAGGAGACAGAGGAGCUUCGGCUACGAAGGGGUGUCAAGCACCAGGAUUCCCAGAAUUCCUUCUUGGCUUUUCUCAACGCCCCCACCUCAGCGCUAGACCAGUUUGAUCGCUCGCCAUCCGUUGGCCCAACUAGCAAAGGCAGACGUGUGGACUCCAUGGAUAACUUCACCCCCUCCAACACUCCAUCCCGGGAAGAUGACCCCAAGUCCCACCUCAAGUCCCGUUCACGUUCACCCUCAGUGGCUAGUGAUAUGGAGCCCAUAGAGUUAAUAGACCACCCUCCUCGUACAGUCCAGACGCCCACCAUGCGGUCAGGAGGGUACGGCAGUAUUGGACGCUCCUCACCUAAGCCCAAAGCACAUCAGUUUGUGGUGAAGUCAUUCAGCACGCCCACUAAGUGUAAUCAGUGCACUUCCCUCAUGGUGGGGCUCAUACGUCAGGGUUGUACCUGUGAAGUGUGUAACUUCUCCUGCCAUGUAACGUGUGCGGACAAGGCUCCGGCUGUGUGUCCCGUGCCCCAGGACCAGACCAAGGGCCCGCUGGGUAUCGACCCUCAGAAGGGCAUCGGGACUGCGUACGAAGGGCAUGUCAGGGUGCCCAAACCCACCGGGGUGAAGAAGGGUUGGCAGAGGGCAAUGGCCGUGGUGUGCGACUUCAAACUGUUUCUCUACGAACUGGGAGAAGGAAAAGCAACACUACCAAGUGUCGUCGUCAGCCAAGUCAUAGAUAUGAGGGAUGAAGAGUUUUCAGUCAGUUCUGUUCUGGCCUCUGAUGUCAUCCACGCCAGCCGCAAAGACAUCCCCUGUAUAUUCAGAGUGACGGCGUCCCAACUCUCCCCUUCCAGCAGCCACAAGCCCUCCAUCCUAAUCCUGGCAGACAGCGACCAGGAGAGGAACAAAUGGGUGGGUCUCCUCAACGAGCUCCACCGCAUCCUCAAGAAGAACAAGCUCAAGGAGCGCUUCGUCUACAUCCCCAAGGAGGCUUACGACAGCACGCUGCCGCUCAUCAAGACAACACAAUCUGCUGCUAUCAUAGAUCACGAGCGUGUCGCCCUGGGCAACGAGGAAGGCCUUUUUGUCAUCCAUGUCACCAAAGAUGAAAUAAUCCGGGUGGGAGACAAUAAGAAAGUGCACCAUAUCGACCUGAUCGCCCAGGAGCAGCUGCUGGCCGUCAUCUCCGGCAGGAACCGCCAUGUGCGACUCUUCCCCACACAGGCCCUGGACGGCCGCGAGAUCGACUCGUACAAGCUGGCCGAGACAAAAGGCUGCCAGACCAUCGUCUCCGGGCCUGUCCGCAACGGCUCGCUCACCUGCCUCUGUGUGGCCAUGAAGAGACAGAUCAUCUGCUACGAGGUCAAUAAGAGUAAAACCCGUCAUCGUCGGUUGCGAGAGGUGCAGGCCCCGGGUCCCAUUCAGUGGAUAGGUCUCCUCAACGAGCGUCUCUAUGUGGGCUACACGUCCGGCUUCACCCGCUACAGUGUUCAUGGUGACAUUUCCCCGGUCAACCUCCUCCAUCACGAGGACCACACCCUGGCCUUCAUCCCGCAGCAGGGCCUGGAAGCUCUCUGUGCUGUGGAGAUCUCCAGCAAAGAGCUGCUGCUGUGCUUCAGUUCCAUCGGAGUCUAUGUGGACUCCCAGGGCCGCAGGUCGCGUCAGCAGGAGCUGAUGUGGCCGGCUGUGCCAAACUCUGCCUGCUACAACGCCCCCUACCUGUCAGUGUACAGUGAGAACGCUGUGGAUGUGUUUGACGUCAACACCAUGGAGUGGAUUCAGACCAUCCCUCUCAAGAAGGUGCGGCCUCUGAACAUUGACGGCUCCCUUAACCUGCUGGGGCUGGAGACAGUCCGGCUCAUCUACUUUAGAAACAAGACGGCCGAGGGCGACGAGCUGGUCGUCCCGGAGACGUCAGACAACAGCAGGAAGCAGAUGGUGCGCAGCAUAAACAACAAGAGACGCUUCUCCUUCAGGGUGCCGGAGGAAGAGCGACUCCAGCAGAGGAGGGAGAUGCUGCGAGACCCCGAGAUGAGGAACAAGCUGAUCUCCAACCCCACCAACUUCAACCAUGUGGCCCACAUGGGACCAGGAGACGGGAUCCAGAUCCUUAAAGACCUGCCCAUGAACGUUCGUGUUCAGGAGAACCGUGCGGGUUUCAGUGGCUCGGUCAGUAUCCCCUCCAUCACCAAGAACCGUGCCGAGCCGGGCCGCUCCAUGAGCGCCAGCAGUGGACUGGGCAUCCGCUCGUCCUCUCAGAACGGCAGCGCUCUGCGUAGAGAACUGUCAGGAGGAAGCUACAGCUCCAAGCGUCAGACCAUGACGUCUCCCUCGGAGAGCUCCCUGUCCUCUGGUGGAGGAAUGGACUGCGGUGACGCUCCACUCUCACAGUUUGACAGAGAGUGGCAGGCGGUCUCACCGUCGGAGAAGACCCCCGAUCUGAAAAGGGCUUUAAGGACCCUGCUUAGUAAGAUGAAGGACUCGGACUCCCCCCGUCACUCCACGGCCUCCAACAGCUCCACCUUCAGCAGCCCCCCCAGCCCGGCCUCCCCACACAAGACCAAGUCCCUGUCCCUGGAGAGCACAGACCGGAUGGGCUGGGACACAUGAGC